GGCUGCUGCAGGUCUGUUCACUAAAGUCCAUCAACAAGCUAGUUAGCAGAGAGAGCGAUACCAUAUCCGUGAUGCUCAAGCAGAAAGAAAACAUGGACUAGCCUAACUAAGAGAUAUAUUCCGGUGUCUUGACAACCACUCUCUAACGUCGGCGGAGGAUCAAUCCAGGUGUGUGUAAAUCUCUUCUUCAUUCAUGCGGUCGUUGCUGCAGCGGAGAGUCUGAGCUGCGAGUGGCGGGCAAGCUCAGUCAUCAGCUCUGCAGGGACAACUAGGACAACACGGCUCACUCACCGAGCAGGAGCAUGGUGGUCCCGGACAGUGCCAGCGUGCUCCUCCAGGCCGACAAUGGCAGUCCCACUGGCCUCAUGGAGAGCUCCAAGACCGGGUGCGAGGAGGAAGAAGAGGGGGGUCAGGACCUGCCAGGGGAGGAGCUGGAGGAGGUCCGAAAGCUUCAGGAGCUUGUUCGCAGGUUGGAGGUCCAGAACGAGACCCUGCGCAACAGAGGGAGCAAAUCUCUCAGCCACACAGCCUCUGUCAAUAUCAACGAGAGGCUGAAUUGUGAACAAGUGAACAACUCUCACCUCAGAUUGGAGCACUGUGGUGAGUUGGGCAGCUCAGACUUUGAGCUGUCUCCACCUCAGGACAGCAGCAGUGGUGAAGACAUGUCCCCUCUGCCCAUGGCCAACAGGCUGGAGGAAGACGAUGAACAGGGUCCACCGGGGGGAUUUCUCACCUUGACCUGCAGCAACGGAGCGGGACAGUGCCAGACGCCAGAGAGCCCCUCUCAGGAAAGCUAUGACUCAGAGACACUUGCAGAGAACGACUCCGGGGUGGACCAAACUGCACUGGAUGAAGUGGAUGUCCUAGAUUUGGAGGAUGAGUGUGCGGAAGAAGACAACGAGGAUAGUUGGCUGUAUGUGUCUCCAAAGAAGCAAGUAGCCGGGUCAGAGUCUACACUGAAAUGGUGUCGGCAGGCUCUUGACCAUCGCAGCCCAGAGACAGAAAUAGCUUGUCGGACCCUGAUUAACCGCCUGGACCAGACGACUCGAUGGAGGAACAUGUACAGUAGCCCAGCAGAGGCAGGCUCGGCUGGCUCAGGCCUGAUCUCUCCUGGGUACCACAAAUCAACUAACAAAUCCCUACUAACCUGUGGCAGCUCAGGUGUCCCAACAACCAUGCAUUCAGCCCUGAGCUCGCAGUCGUCCAUAGACAGUGAGCUCAGCACAUCAGAUGACUCCAUCUCUAUGGGCUACAAGCUGCAGGAUCUCACUGAUGUCCAGAUCAUGGCUCGCCUGCAGGAAGAAAGUCUGAGACAGGAUUAUGCCUCGUGCUCAGCGACUGCAUCCCGACGCAGCUCCACCACCUCUCUGCAUUCCCUGCGGCGGGGCGGCACCUACAGCGAUCAGGAAUUUGACAGUUACAGCCUGGAGGACGAAGAGGACGAGUUCUGCUCCAUGCCCCAGCGCCGCCAUCGCUUCACGCCCUCGCCAUUAGGCUCACCACGGUGCCUGUCCCCUUCCACUUCCAACCACGGUCAGGAAUACAGCAGCCGACUCGGGGCCCCACGCACAAGAACACCCAGACGGUCACUUCAGGGCCCCAGUGCAGAGCUGCUGAAAUUUGCAAAGAGCGAAGAAGAGUUGAGGCACAGCAUGCCUAACCUGGCCCCCCGCACCAGCCUAAGAUCCCUGGAAGCAGUCAGGAACAGCCGCAGCAUGGAGGCUAACCUCCAAAGCUCUGGCAACCGCAUGUCCCACCUGACCCACUCCCCCUCCACAGGUAUGGCUAGUAGUCGGCUGCAUGGCAACGGCCAGUCACCUCUCUCCCUGCGGACUCCGGUUAAAGCUGUCCCUCAAAUGGCAGCUGGUCAUUCUUCAAGAGGUCUUCCUGUUGUCCAAGCAGCACCUGCAGGAGGGGGCCGCAGGGUCCAGUCCGUCGGCUCGGCUAAUGGAGGAGCCUACACCCCCGGGAGAGCCUCCACCGGGGCAGGGAGGGCUGCCGCGGGCCGAGGACAGGCCCCUACCAGAAGUAAACUUUCACAGCCCCCCAGGAGGUCUUUUGGCAUGACUAAAAUGUCAGAUGAAUCCUGGAAAGAUGGCUGUUACUGAGCAUUGCCGGUGAUGGAAGGAUGAUAACUGCUGCAACCCUCCCCUGACCUCUCCCCGUUAUCUCUCCUUGUACAAAGAACACAGCCACUGUGUCCACAAAUGUGUUUUACAACCUUUGGGUCCCCCAAUUUUAGACUGGAGUGCUGGGCUGCACUGGAUUCGUAGUCAAGACUCAUCUCUUUCCCUAGCAUGAAACAUUGUCAACCCACACAGAGAGGCACAGUGUGUAGGCAGACAAGAAUGCACACAUGCACACUAUACUUGUGAUAUGGACCAACUCUGAGCUUCCAGAAGAUUUGUUUGUGUCAAUUUUACUUAUUUUUCUAUGGUAAUUGCGAGAAACUGCUGGAAUAUUAAAGGUCCCUGUUCUGUUGAUGUAAUUGAUAUGAAGACGGUCUAAAUGAAGAUAUUGGUGGUUUGUUGAUUUUCUGUGGGAAUUCCUACUAGAUGAAGGUGCUGAGUGUUGCAUGCUUGUUUUUUUUGGGUUUUUUUCCCCCUUAUCAGUGUAACUGCAAUAUGACAAAUUUUUCAUGUGUCCCACAAUGAUGUGUGAAUUUGAUUGUUCAAUGGUUCAUUGUGAAAUUAUCUAUAGUUUGGUGUUGUAUUUGAGUUAUGGUCUUUGCUUACACAGCAAGGCAACUCAUGUAAACCACACUGCCCUUAUAAAUAAUACAAACAUGGAAAUAUAUGGUUUGUGCCAAGGUGCAUUUCCGCUGCAACACUUCAGAAGAAUCUUGACAUCAAAGGUACUGUUAUAAUACUGCAUUUUGCAGGCAUUUUUACUGCAUAUCUAUAGGUGGUUUUAAAUGUGCUUUUGGAUACCACUGUAAUGAAGAAGAUGUUUAUGCACGAAGGCCUUGUGCCUUAGACAGCUAUGCACCCUCAUGCAGAGUGCCUCUGACAAUUAGGAGCUGUUAUUAAAAUUAAAAAAAUAAAGGCUACCCUGAAACUUUAA